UUGCCUCUGUGCUUUUGCUUUCUAUGAUCUAGUAAAGGUGUUUCCUACCUCCUUAAUCUGCAAAAUGUUGAAAGAGAAUUUGUUUUGAUGCUUCGGCACUCACUAACAAGGAUACUACAGCCCAAUGGUUGAAUGAGUUUUCAGCUGGUGUUGCUCAGAUGUGUUGCUGUGGACUAUGGCAUCUGCCUUUAAUUACACAUGAUUUUUGCAACCCUUCCAUGUUAAACAAUUGAUAAUAUAAAAGAGAAGGGGAAGCCGAAGAAGAUUACAUAUUAAGAAAAAGAAAUUGGAAAAUCUUUUCAGUAAAGCACAAUAUGUUGAAGUGGGGAAAGACUCCCUGAUGCAAGUGGUAAAAGAAAGUGGAAAAAAUAAAUGGUCCAUUUUUGUUUAAGCUCUUUUUCAUUGUUUUUUCCCUUUGAUGUGUCAUGGUGCAGGGCUUUCAAGAUACACUAGUGAUGAAAACCUUAAAAAAGCAUUUGAACAAUUUGGAAAACUUGUUGAAGCGAAAGUUAUUACUGAUAGAGCAACUGGGAGAUCAAAGGGAUUUGGAUUUGUUUCAUAUGAAACAAUAGAAGACGCUGAGAAGGCUCGUGAAGGAAUGAAUGCCAAGUUCUUGGACGGCUGGGUAAUUUUUGUUGACCCUGCGAGGCCAAGUAUGCCUAGACCACCACCAUCACCACCUCCACAAGAUCCUUUGAACUUUGGGAUUACGACAAAUAAGACUGUUGGUUGGACUGGCCGAUGACCAGGGACUCAUUAUUUUAGUGAAAUAUUUAUUUGAUUGCAAUAUAGCACGGAGUGGCCAAUGACCAGAGACUCGUGCAUUUCCCUGAAAUAUUUGAUUGCACUAUAUCAUUUUUGUUGAAGGAUAUUGUAACUUUACUAAAAUAUAGUUCAUUUUUAAGGUUGUCUUGUGCUGAAUCGUUUGAGGUGGAACUCUUCCCUGCGAAGUGUUUAAGGAUUUCCUCGGACCACAUUUUGGAGGCUUUUGUUGACUGAACAUAUAAACUGGCUAAUUGUUAUCUCAAUGACGUGUAUUUGGAUCCUAGAUUAUAAUUUCCGUGGUGGUUAUAGUAUUUUGAUGCCCUAUCUUCAUUUA